UCUACCCGUGUUCUGCAAUGUGUUUUCGUAAUCUCGUCCAAUCCGUUGAGGAAGAAGUCACCGGCCUAACCUUUGAUUAUUUACCAUAAAACUGACACGAUAACGUGUGCGCGCAGUUCCGGGCUACGAAUUGACAUGACCUUGACCCAACACCGAAAAAAUGUUGCGCGGUGUCAGAGGGCUGAGAGUACGACUGGCUAGCACAUCGGCAAGUACGAGCGCGUCUGCAUGCGGAAAAGUACUAGACUCAAUAAUAAGAGUCGAUCAUGCCGGCGAAUUGGGGGCUGACAGAAUAUACGCUGGACAAAUGGCUGUGCUAGGCAGAACAACGGUCGGACCGACUAUACAACACAUGUGGGAUCAGGAAAAACGACACCGCGCCAAAUUCGAGGAAUUAAUUCGCAAGUACAGAGUCCGACCGACCGUCCUCACUCCACUGUGGAAUAUCGCUGGGUUUGCUUUGGGCGCCGGUACCGCUCUCAUGGGCGAGAAAGCGGCGAUGGCGUGCACUGUGGCAGUAGAAACCGUGAUAGUCGAGCACUACAACGAUCAGUUGCGCAUGCUGAUGGAACAUAGCGACACCGUGGACAAAGAGAUACUCGAGACCAUCAAAAAAUUCCGCGACGAGGAGCAGGAACAUCAUGACACGGGUAUAGAUCAUGGUGCUGAGCAAGCACCAUUCUAUCAGGCUCUGACAAACGUCAUCAAAUUCGGCUGUAAAACGGCUAUCUCCAUCUCCAAAGUGAUAUGACCGUGUUUCCAAGUGUAUUCGAGAUGUUAAAGAUGUUAAAGAUACGUUAAUCGUUAAAUAAGUAUAUAAUUUUGUAAUUUAUAUAAUAAUAAUAAAUAUAUAUUCUUAUUUUCCAUAUACUGAUUUAAUUUCUCUCGCAGUUUAUGAAAUAUUAUAUCUGAGUUCAAUAGAAUUCCUUUACACAAUUAUUGAUUUUUUAAUGAAUGUAUAAUUAAUUUUUUGUAUAAUAACAAAAGAUAAUUAUGUUAAAUAGAAGUAAAUAAAAGCUUCAGAUAUAAUGUAAAGAAUUAAAUAGAAAUGAAUAAAAAAACUAUUGUGUAAUCAAUUGUAUAAUUCUUUACAGGAAUGUUUAAUGAAACUGAAAUGUGAAAUUAUGUACUAAGAUCAACUAUUGUGUAAGUAGUGUAUAUAUCCAUGAGGAAUGUUCCGAAAGUGAUAUGUAUAUAUAUAUAUAUAUUUAAAAGAAAUUAAUUAAAAUUUUAUUUAAAAAUGUGAAUAAAAAAUUAAGCUUAAGGCUCCUGGAUACUCGCCACAGCCAUAUUGAAUUCGUGACGUCAGAAGCGAGAAAUAUCAUGUUGAAAAUUUUUACGUGCCAUUUCUAAAAUGAUAUUUCAAUGAAAUGACACUUCAGAUAACUUUAGUACACUUGUAAGAUAGGUCGAAAACUGUGCUUUUGCUUGACUGUUAAUAAACAACCGUGUCAUAUGAAGUCUAUAUGUAAACGAAUACGUCGUUUGAUAAUUGUCAAAAAGAGCAGAAAAUGUAUCUUCCACGUACUGUUUUGUUCAUUAAUCUUGGUUUCCGAUAAAUUUUAGGAGUCGUAUAAAUAUGUCAUACGUUAGUUUUAACACAAAACGUAUAAUGAAAUGGCACGCAAGAAUAAAUUGGAUUGUCAACACGUCACUUUCUCGCCUUAUAGUCCUUACUCUUAUCACUUAUGAUUGUGUCGCCACUGUUGAUGCGAAGUUCUCGGCUGAGAGGCAAGGAGCCUUAGGGCCAUAGCACACGAAAAAACUUACGCAAUAAAACGUAAGCAGUAAGAAAACCAACAUUUGAUUUGCUACUGCUUACAUUACUGUCUUAAGUUCCUGAUUAAAAUUAGCUAAAUCGUUUACUGCUUAAGUUUUUCCGUGUGCCAUGGCCCUUAGGCUCCUGGAUACUCACCGCGGCAUUAGAGUGUAACAUCAGAGGCGAGAAAUUGACAUGCUGAAAACGUUGCGUUUUAUCAGUAAAUAAAAGUAUAUUUGACAAAAAAAAAUCAUGAUCGUUUCAGUACAUUUGUAAAAUACGCCGAAAACUAGGCUUUUCCUUUGACAAUUAAUAAAGAUCUAUAAAAUAAA